UUCUGAUUGAUGAAAAUCUGCUGACGUCAUAGAGUUAAUUUGAGGCACGGUAGGAUUGGCAGACUAUUUAUCAAUGAGUCGGAACAGUAAUCUCAGUUGACUGAAGUGACUUCGGUGGAACUUAAGUGAAAAGGCACUCAACUGUUUGUUCGUGAAUACCAAAAAUUAGUUUUUAGCUUUCGUGUAAACACAUCGAAAGCGAAUAAAAAGAAAACAAAACACCUCUAUAUAUUGUUUCAUCCUCAUUAUACAAAGCGUUAAGUAGCUAUUUUUUCCCCUCUACUUUUGGACUCACGCAACGAUGGAAUUAAGACUAGGUCAUAUAAUCUUUCUGGCUAUUCUGGUCCAUGUCAAUGCUUAUUGUGAUACACUAGCAUUGCGUAGCUGUCUGAGGUCAAUUAGCCCCCACAAUAUUGACGUCUCCAAUUAUUAUAUGCAGCAUUUAGAUAAGAAACAGAUAAAUGCUUUUUGUCAGGGUGUUCCAGAGUUCAAGGAAUGUACCAAACCUUUGUAUACUUCCUGUUAUUUUGAUAAAGUUGACUUGUAUGGGGUCUUUGAUUACAUGUGUGGCCCAGGACGUGGAGAGUUCUUGGAAUAUUCACAAUGUUUCAAUGAUACCAACUAUCUCAAAAAGACAAAGACAUGCACCGAGAGAAUGAAAGUUCAGCACUUACAUGUACAUAGUAUUGAAGAAGUUUGUGCUUUGGAAAAAGAAGUGAGGAAAUGUGCAUUAGACACUGCAGGCGAAUGUAGUCCCGGUUCCAGACAUUUUAUGUCUGUUGUCUUGGACAAAAGUCUGAAAAAGGUUUUGGAUAGCAAAUGCUCUGGAUUAAGCCACGAGGCCUGGAUGGGAAUAUAUGUUGCUAUUGCUGUAACUAUUGGAGUGGCAAUUGCUGGCAUUGUUAUUGGUGUAAAGCACUACAAGCAGAAGAACAAUGUAGCUCAUAGUCGUUUUUAUUGAGUAAUGUCUGAAUAAGUCAGUCUUGACUUGAAUUUAUAUUGAAGUAUGAACUAGAUUUGUACGUGUGUGAGUGUGUUUACCUAUAUAUAUAUAGUAUACAGUCUGCCACAAGUUGCUAUAUAAUAGCAUAUGGUUACAAGAAUGAAAGUUUUAUGCAAAUGCUGUAAUUGAUUUUUAAACAAAAACAGUAACAUUUAAUAAGAUCAUAACGAAUUUUAGUGUGUGUGUGAGAGAGAGAGGAAAAGAUUGACAUUCUGACAAAGGCAGCUAAGCUGAAAUUUUGAAGUCACUGUCAACUUUUCCUUUGUAUGAAUAAAAUAAUCUGAUACUUUAACUGGAAAGUAUUGAGUGAUCAGUCAAUGUUUUGCUGGGUUUUUUUAAUAGAUAUCUAUACAUUAAAACAUACAUAUGCACACAUGCAUGUGAUUACAUUGCAAUGGUGUUUAGCAAAUAUUUGAGGCAUGGCAUAUGUAAAAGAUGUUUGAAGGUGUUGUUCAUAAUGUUGGAUGUCCAGCCAAACAUUCCUCUCUCUUCUGACUGAACACUGAAUGUCCAGAUAGUAGUUCCUCAUUAAUCUUUCCAAACAGUUUCUUACUUGCUAAACAUUAUUAGUUUUCCUUGUUGGUAGAAUUACUUCUGAACUUCUAUUGUUGAAUGUUGAAGUAAACUAAAUACUUUCUCAGAAAGUCACAUCUUACAUUGCUGUCAUCUAACUGACUGGUUUCAAACAAGAAAACUUGUGCAUAUAAACUUCAUUUUGUAGUAAUUUUCAAAUAAAUUUAAUUGGCUCUUGCAAUUU